AUGGUCCUUGGCUUGUUGACUGCGAUUGUAGCAUGUCCAGCCAUCGUGGGAACAACCGAAGCAGUCCGCCAUGGCCAGCGAGAGAAUAACAGAGAAGAGCAUCGAGGUCGAAGGCAUAAUCUAGUGGUCACCCUGCUGAAUCGAAGCGAGUACAGCCAACGCUUCGAUGGUGCAUACAUCUUCCUCAAGAACAACAAGCUGUGGAUCGAUACUUCUGGCGUAAGCCGUCGCGAAGGACUCCAUCCAGUGACCAGCUACUUCCUGGCGUACCCGAACAUGGAGGCAGUCUGGCAAGAGCAAGGCUUUCGUAGAGGUGAGGGUAUGGUGACGACUAUCUCCGUCGAACCGCCGUUUCUGAAUUGGGUAUACGUUGAUAACAAGACCCAUGAGGUGAAAUAUGGCGUGCGGACGGAUACUGUCGGGCAGUUGGUGGGGCCCUGGGAUGUCACCAAGACUGAUCGUCGACUGUCGUUUCAAGGAUGGGAGGGGUUUGUUGCUGUUGAAGAGAACGAGGGAGAUUCAAUGUGGGCGCUGUACUUUGACGUUGAGGACGAUGGUCUGCGCGACAACGGCCGGGUGGGGGAUCAGGGCAAGAGGAUGCUUGCUUUGGAGAUAUGGCGAAGAGAACCAAGAGUCGGAUACGACGCUGCCGUGGAGGAGAGGCAAGAUCGGAUACAGGCGCGAGCGGAGCACGAUGGAGAGUCAUCUGUAUCGACGACGGUCUCGUGA